CACCAUUCUAUUAAAAUUAUGACGUUUAUAAGUUUUUAACAGUAAUACGACGGCCAGUAUUAACUGAAAAAUGAAAUGGAAUUCACUGUGAUAUUUUUUCUUAUAACUAUCAUUUUUCAGAAUGUAUACGAUUGCAAUGGAAGGAAAUAUAGUGACACUUUUAGAUUACGUCAGGCACAAAGGAGAAAUUACAGACAAAACGAGGAUUCAGAUGAUUCAGAGAUAAAUAACCGAAGAUUUAAUGAUUACCCUAGAUCAAAGUCAAGACGUGGUAACUGGCCACAAACACCUGAAGAAGAAUUUAGGAGAAAUGGUCAUCGACAUGAUAAUGUUAAUAUUCUGAGACUCGGGUCUGUCGAGAUUGAUGACAGUCAAUUAGAUCUAAAACAUGCUGACGUUAAAAUACUUCCACUUUCUGAGGAAAAGUUUGUGAUAGCACUGCUAAAGGUACCUGACACUGUUCCACAAAGGACACAUAGCAGAAACUCCAACCAAUAUGACGAACGAAGAAAUAGACGAUCACAGUCGUUUCUUAACAACUUGCAAAUCUUGUCACAAAAUAACAAUUUGUCAGCACAAGAUACACUCUUGCAGAAAUAUGCAAAAAAAUAUCGCAACUAUCAUUUAGAAAUGACUAAGAAGAGAAUCGAACAAUUGCAAUGGGAGAACAAUUGGAUUUUAUAUAGGACUCCGCAUCUUGAAGGUAUUGUUAAUACAGCAUUGACACCACAAAUCUCUCUCAAAUCUUAUUUGAGAAACUUCAAGGUUACAAGACUAGAAGAUGUGGUACAACAUUAUAGCAAAUUGCAAGAAGAAACGGAACAAAACGACUUAAUCAAUGACUUGACACAACCUGAAGAUAAGGCCAAUGAAGAAAUAUUCAAAUUAUACCAACCAUUGAAUUACAAAAUGCGCACAUCGAAUCUUUAUGAAAAUUCAUUGAGUGAUGUGCCAUUAGAACGGCUAAUAAACGCACAUCGAAAACUCGAACAAGAAAUAGACCGCAGAAAGACACUACUAGAAAAAUAUUCAAACAUAUUGACACUGAAAUCACUGAAAGAAAUAUCACAAAGUCGUCCGAUUAUAAGUCGUCCUGAAACUAAAAAGCAGGUGGUUGAAAUAAAGGAAGCUGAAAUAGUUCAUAAUGCGACUGAAGCUCAGACAGAGAAUUCUACUACCCACCCUUCAGCGAUAGAAGAAAAAAGAAAAAUAGCAGAAGAAUUCUUAUCAAAUUACAAGCUCAUUGCUCCAUUAUUCCCAAGAAAACCGAAAAAGGUUGGUAAAUCUAAAAAGUCAAAAUCGUUAUUAGGUUCAGAAGAUAAAACAGAGAAAUCAGUAAGAUUACGUGCAAGAACUGACUCAAACGAGGAUUUGCAUGUUCUACGCUCUGGAACAGACCCAACCGAAUCACCUCCGAAACAACAUAAAGAAGAAAAAGAAAAGCCGCGACCUACAUUAAUGUCAUCUCCUCGUGGAAUCAUUACUUAUGCCAAAAGAAGAGGGAUAAAUGAGUAUUGACAAUUGAAAAUAAACUUAAUUCCUAUGAAAGAUAAGGUUGUUUUCUCUACAAAAAGUAAUUUGUAUUGAAUUUAUUUGUGUAAGAAAUUAUUUGAAAAAAUUAAUACGUUUUUUGUUUCAUUUUCUGUUUAGUU